AUGUCGUUGUCGCCCCCACCCGGCUCAAGUCAACAUCAAGAAUCAUCCAAAGGCCGACAGGGAAGCAUUGAUUCAUUCGACUUACGAUACGAAGAUUCUCUGGAGGCUGCGUUAGACUCAUUACAGAUUCAUCCGCCAACUUCUCCCGGUACUGAGGGAUUCGAAAUGCACACAAUGAAAUCUAACGAAGAUAACAAUGGCAGUUUCCAAAUCAAGAAGGAUUCAAGAACGAUAUCUAAUAAAACUGACGAUGAUACACAGCCCCUUUUAAGAGCGAAUUCGGCGUCUUUGAAUGGUGCGGGCUUUCCAAACGGUAAGGAGGGCGGAUCUUGGUUUUCCAAAAUUUUGCUAGUCUUCAAAUCUUCCAAUAACCGCUCCAAAAGCAAAUAUAGAGGGUCCAUGGCUAAAACGUCCGAUGAGAAUCAGCUCGAAAGGGAAAUUCUUCCAGGGACAACACCCGUUUAUGACAGAAAUCGAUAUGCUUCAAAUGCCCUGUCCAAUGCAAAAUAUAAUCCUAUUACGUUCAUACCGGUCAUACUCUAUGAGCAAUUCAAAUUCUUUUUCAACCUGUAUUUCCUGAUCGUUGCAUUAUCCCAAGUAAUACCGGCUUUAAGGAUCGGAUACCUCUCGUCAUAUAUCGUGCCCCUCGCAUUUGUUCUAACAGUUACAAUGAGCAAAGAGGCCCUGGAUGAUAUACAGAGAAGGAAGCGUGAUAGGGAAUCAAAUAAUGAACUUUAUGAGGUAUUAAAUGGGGCGCAACUUGUUCGGAGCAGAGAUUUGAAAGUGGGAGACCUCAUCAAAUUAGAAAAGGGAGCCAGGGCACCGGCUGACAUCGUUCUGCUUCAAUCUAGUGAACCAUCAGGUGAGUUAUUCAUAAAAACAGAUCAACUAGAUGGUGAGACUGACUGGAAAUUGAGAUUAGCAUGUCCUCUGACACAACACAUGUCCUUUGACGAUUUAUUGAAUAAGAUCUCUAUUAAUGCAUCUGCUCCCGAGAAGUCAAUACACAACUUUAUUGGGAAAUUAAAAUACAAGGAUGCGACCUCUCAACCACUAAGCGUUGACAAUACGAUGUGGGCAAAUACAGUUCUAGCUUCUACCGGGACGUGUAUUGGUUGUAUUUUGUACACGGGUUGCGACACUAGACAAGCUAUGAAUACAACUAUGUCGAGUGUGAAGACUGGGCUUCUAGAGCUCGAGAUUAACGGCCUUUCGAAGAUUUUGUGCGCAUGCGUCUUUCUGCUGUCCAUUGUUCUGGUCGCUUUUGGUGGCCUUCAUAACAAUGAUUGGUAUGUGGACGUCAUGAGAUACCUGAUAUUAUUUUCCACGAUCAUUCCUGUAUCCUUAAGGGUUAAUUUGGAUUUAGGAAAGUCUGUGUAUGCUCAUCAAAUUGAACAUGACAAGUCAAUUCCAGAGACUGUCGUCAGAACUAGCACGAUUCCAGAAGACUUGGGUCGCAUCGAAUAUUUACUGAGUGACAAGACAGGUACCUUAACUCAGAACGACAUGCAAUUGAGGAAGUUACACCUAGGGACAGUUUCGUACUCCAUGGACACGAUGGAUAUCGUUACCGAUUAUGUGAGGGGUAUGGUGAAUGGGAACGACGUUACUGUUUCUCACUUUUCAGCUAAGAAAGAUUUAUCAACUCGUGUACGAGAUCUCGUUUUGACUUUAGCAAUAUGUCACCAAGUCACUCCUACUUUUGAAGAUGGAGAACUUACGUAUCAGGCAGCAUCUCCUGAUGAAAUAUCCAUUGUGAAAUUCACGGAAUCAGUUGGUUUAACGCUGUUCAAAAGAGACCGUCACUCGUUAACUUUACUUCACGAUCAGUCGGGAACUAACAUCGACUAUGAAAUACUACACGUUUUUCCUUUCAAUUCCGAUAACAAAAGAAUGGGUUUAAUAGUCAAAGGAAAGCAAAACGGUACCUACUGGUUCUUGCAAAAGGGCGCUGACGUAGUGAUGUCCAAGAUAGUACAAAACAACGACUGGCUUGAAGAGGAAACGGCAAACAUGGCACGAGAGGGCUUACGCACACUUGUGAUCGGAAGAAAGAAAUUGAGCGCGAAAAGCUAUGAGGAAUUCCGCGAGGAUUACCAUAAUGCCUCACUCUCCAUGCUCAAUCGUGACGGCGCGAUGGCUUCGGUAGUUUCGAAGCAUUUGGAAAAUGACCUGGAGCUAUUAGGCCUUACAGGAGUUGAGGAUAAGCUUCAGAAGGACGUGAAGGCUUCCAUAGAAGUUCUUAAGAAUGCCGGUAUAAAAAUUUGGAUGCUUACAGGAGACAAAGUGGAAACCGCUCGCUGUGUGUCUAUUAGUGCCAAACUGAUAUCCAGGGGACAAUAUGUUCAUACAAUUACCAAACUCUCAAAGCCAGAUGGUGCGCUAAACAGCAUAGAAUUUCUGAGAAUUAAUCAGGAUGCGUGUCUACUCAUAGACGGCGAAUCUUUGAGUAUGUUUUUGGAUCAUUAUAGAUCACAAUUUUUUGACAUUGUCGUCAAUUUGCCGGCCGUUAUAGCAUGUCGUUGCACUCCUCAACAAAAGGCAGAUAUUGCCGAUUUCAUUAAGGAAACUACUAAAAAACGUGUCUGUUGCAUAGGCGACGGUGGAAAUGAUGUUAGCAUGAUCCAGGCCGCUGAUGUCGGAGUUGGUAUCGUUGGCAAAGAAGGUAAGCAGGCUUCCUUAGCUGCCGAUUUUUCUGUCACACAGUUUUGCCAUUUGACUAAAUUGCUAUUAUGGCAUGGAAGGAAUUCGUACAAGAGAUCUGCAAAAUUGGCUCAAUUUGUUAUACAUCGUGGCCUCUUGAUCUCAGUAUGCCAGGCCGUGUAUUCGAUUAGCUCAAGCUUUGAGCCCAUUGCUCUUUACCAAGGCUGGUUGAUGGUCGGUUAUGCUACAUUUUAUACUAUGGCACCUGUUUUCUCUUUGACUCUUGACCAUGAUAUCGACGAAUCUUUGACCACGACAUUUCCAGAGCUUUAUAAAGAGCUCACUGCUGGUACAAGUUUGUCCCACAAAACUUUUUUGAUUUGGGUUGCAUUAUCCUUGUUUCAGGGCUGCGUGGUUCAGGGACUUGCCCAAAGGUUUACAAGCCUAGAUCAAAUCGAAUUCACUAAAAUGGUCGCGCUAAGUUUUACGGCACUUGUAAUAAAUGAGCUUAUUAUGGUCGCCUUAGAAGUUUACACCUGGAAUAAAAUCAUGCUGAUUGUAGAAAUUUUGACAUUUUUGGCUUAUUUUUGCUCGAUUCCUUUUCUGGGAGAAUAUUUUGACCUUUACUCCAUGUCGCAAGCUGCCUUUUGGGUUAAAGUUGCCGUCGUACUUUCGAUAUCCAUUGUCCCAGUCUGGGCGGCCAAGGCGCUCUACCGAAAGCUCAACCCUCCUAACUACGCCAAAGUCCAGCAGUUUUCUUUCACUGCUUAA